AUGUACAUACACAGACACAUGUACGUACAUACACACAAACACACAUGUACACACACAGAUGCAUGUACACACAUAGAUGUACAUACACGCAGACACAUGUACACACAUGUAUAUACACAAAGACACAUGUACAUGCAUACACAGCCACACACAAACACACACAUGUACAUGUACACACAAACACACCCCACACACACAGCCCGGUACUGCACUCUAGGGGGAGGCAGAGAGCACAGCACACACUCCUUCCUUUGCUUUCACUGCGCUCAGCUAUUGAGCAGUCUGACGGCUCCCAGCGCCAAUGACAGAUCCGGCCUGAGCUCCGAGCCUGCUCAGCAAGACGGCCCUGGGGGACACACUCGCCCCCACCAUAAUUUCCACUCGCCAUUGGUGAGCAGGCGAGUGGAAAUUUCAAGCCCUGGUCUA